AUGAUUAAACAAGUAACAAAAAAUAAUACGACAUUUUUGUGGUGUUUUAAAAGGUAUGUUUAUAUACCUAAUGAAAAUGACAUAGGAAAAUUGUCAAUUAAAAAUUUAGGAAAAUACUCAUUUGAUAUUGUGAGAUUAUCAAAGACCAAUAAUGACCUUUAUGAAGCAUUUAAAACGAGAGUAAAAAGUGAAAUAACUUUACUUGAUGGAAAAGACUGCUAUAGGAUAUUAAAAUCGUUAGAAAUAAAUAAUAAAUUAGAUGAAAAAGAAGAUUUUAUAAAAAGUGUAUUAAAUAAAAUAUCAAUAGAAAGUUGUAAAUAUUCUGUAAAAGAAAUAUGUGAUAUAUGUUUUUUAUGUUCUAAAUUAAAUUUACUGUUUAUUCCUUUAUUUGCUUCAUUAUCUCUUGCCUUUUUAAAUAAGAUAAAUUUAGCGACCCCAGAAAAUAUAUCAACUAUGUGUUUAAGUUUUUGUAAAGUUCAAAUAAAAGAUAUAAAUUUAUUUAACAGAAUAUCAGUUGCAACUUUAAAUAUAUUGCAUAUGUUUGAUGUUGAAAGUUUAAUAAAUGUAUUGAUCUCUUAUUCUUAUUUAAAUAUAAAAAAAGAAAUGCUUUUAUAUUCUUCUGUGAAUAUUUUUGUAAAAAAUCAAAACAAUAUAGACAUAAACCAUUUAAUCAAAAUUGCAUAUAUAUAUUCGAAAUUUUCUUUUAUAAAUAAUGAUAUUAAUACAAUCCUUCGAACAAAACUACCUUUAUACAUUUCAGAACUUACAAAUAUGCAAUUGGCUGAUUUAAUAAUAUCACUACAUAAAUUAUAUAUCAAUACAUAUGACAUUAAUAAAUAUUUUACUGAUGUGAACUUUUUACAAUUAGAAUUUCCUAUAGCGAUAAAAGUUAUAAAUAUAUUAUCACAGAUAAAAAAUAUUAAUAUAGAAUUUAAAUAUGAUGAAAUAAUGUUGUGUGUUAAUAAUUUUUUAUGCAUUAAUACAAAAAGGGAAUUAUUAGAAAGCGAAUUAAAUAAACAAGAUUGUGAUGAUAUAAGUUUGGUAGGAUAUAUGGAUAAUAAUAACAUAAACUUUGAAAGUAAUUAUAUAUAUGAGAAUAAUUUUUGUGAAACUAAUACACAAAAAAAUGAAGAUAAUAAAAUAAAGGAAGAACUAUGUUUGAGCAAUGUAAAUAAUGAAAUAUAUCUACCCAAUGUGGAACAAAAAUUGGAACAAAAUGACGCACCUUUUUUGGAAAUAAUUAAAAAAAAUGAAUAUCCUAAUGAAUAUUAUAUAGAAAAUGGAUUAUUUAAUUCGAGAUUAUUAAAUGAAGAAAAUGAAAUAUCCAACCAUUAUUCUAAUAUAGAUCUAAGAAAUAAAUUAAAUACAAAUUCUAUUUGUUAUUUAUGUGUAGAUAUAUUUGAAUCUUUAUGCAAUUUUCUAGUGAAAAAUAGUAUAAAUGAUGAAUAUGAAAAAAAAUUUAAAUUUUAUUUAAAUUAUAUGUGCAAAGAAAUAAUUAAAUUAAAAGAUUAUAUAAAUUUUACCUGCUUAAUUAAAUUAUUUUCGUCAUUAUUAAAAAUUCCAAUAAUAUGGGGUUUACCAUUUUUGCAACUCAAUGAUAUCACUCUAUUUAAAGAAAAUUUUUUAUUUUAUAUUGAUAAAGAAACAAAUUUUUAUGAAGAAUUGAUAAACCGAUAUUUCAAAAUUUUUCAUACAUCGGAAGAUGUUGAUAAUCAUAGUGUAAUAUUAUGCACUAUGAUUAAUUUGUUUAAAUUAAAAGACAGUGUAUUGAGUGUAAAAGUAAAUGAAAUAAUAGAGCAAAAUGAAGGGGAGAAAUAUACAGAUUUAUUAGAAAAAUGUUUACAUCACUAUUCAUCAAUAAUAAAAAAAGGAAACAAAUAUAGUGAAAAAAAAAAUAGCUACAUAAUGGAAGAAUACAUUAUAUACAAUUUCAUAGAUUAUAAUUAUAAAAAUGUUCAAUUAUGGAAUAGAAGUUUACAUGAUAAAAAAGAUAUAUCAAAUCAAGGCAUUGAAAAUUACGAAGAAUGUAGUAAUUCUUACGAUAAAUAUAAUGAAGAUAAUAUAAAUUUGCCAUACGCAUUAAAACCUACUAUUAUGGUAAAUAAAAUAUUGGCCUUAGAGUUAUUUAGUAUAGUUCAAAAUUUUACGAAAAAUUUAAAAAUUAAUUUUAAGGAUGGAAUGUAUUAUAUUCCACUAUUAGAGUAUGAUAAUUAUAUAGCUUAUAUAUUUUUAGGACCAGAAAAUUAUUUUUAUUCUUCUAAUGAGCAAAAAGAAUUAAAUUUAAUUAAUACAACAUUAAAAAAAAGUAAUAAUAUAGUAAAUAAUGAUAAGGAGGAAAAGAAGCAUGAUAUCUUUUUGAUUAAUGAUAUUUCUUACAAUCCAUAUGAUAUUUUUUAUAAUGAAAAAUAUUUUGCAAAAACAGAAAUAUUAAUAAAAAUAAAUUAUUUAUUAACAAAAGGCUAUAACAUAAUUGCUAUACCUUUUUAUUCUUGGAGAUGGAUGAAUCCUGAAGAAAAGUUUGACGCAAUUAAUGUACACCGGAAUAAUAUUCUGAACGCGCAAUAA